ACUGCGGCCUGCAGGCUCCCAUGGCGGCGGCAGCGUGGCGGAGGGCGGCUGAGGCCUCCGCGCGGGCCCUGAGGGGCGCCUGGGGGUUGCCGGUCGCGGGCCGCGGGUUCCGGAGCAGCGCCGUGGCGGAGAAGUGCCAAGCGGGCCGCAUCCGCCCUCGGAAGGGGAACCAGCCGGUGACCUACGAAGAGGCCCACCCGCCCCACCACAUCGCCCACCGCAAGGGCUGGCUCUCCCUGCACACCGGUAACCUGAACGGGGAGACGGAUGCAGCGGAUCGCACGCUGGAGGAUGUCUUCAUCCGCAAGUUCCUCUUUGGCACAUUCCAUGGCUGCUUGGCGGAGGAGGUGGUACUGAAGCGCCGGGCCAACACGGUGAUCAUCUGCACCCUCCUCAUCCAGAAUCUCCCUCCCCAUAAGAUUUACUUCCUGAUCGGCUACACGGAGGUGCUGCUUUCCUUCUUCUACAAGUGUCCUGUGAAGAUGGAGGUGCAGACCAUCUCGGAGAAGGUCAUUUACAAACAUCUUUAAUCCUGGCGGAGCUUAUAGUAGAAAAAGGUUCCUGACUCCUGAUUGGUAUUGAUGCUCCGCACUGGGCCCAGUGGGGGUCCUUGCUCCUUUUGCCCUGGAACAGACUGAUGUUUUCUAGCUAUUGACUUCUCCUCCAGAGACCGGAAAAUAGAUGGAAGUGCCCAGAGAUAGGAGAAAUCUUGUCCAUUCUUAGAAAUGAAUUGCUGAAAUACAAACGAGGAAUUUGUGUCCCUA